CCUCUGAUCUCCUCCUCAUCCUCAGCACCGUCUCCAUAAACCACACCAUCACCAUGGCGCAGGACUGUACAGGCGACGGCUCGUGAGUUGUAUGUAACCCAACAGCUGUGAAUAAGACCAGAGAGGGAGGAGAGCGUCAGUGCUGCAGGCAGCCAUGCCACUGGUGAAGCGGAGCAUUGAGCCCAGGCACCUGUGUCGAGGAGCGCUGCCGGAAGGUGUGACCAGUGAGCUGGAGUGUGUGACCAACAGCACUCUUGCUGCCAUUAUCAAACAGUUGGGUGGACUGAGCAGACAUGCCGAGGAUAUCUUUGGAGAGCUGUUUAAUGAAGCUAACAGCUUCUACAUGCGUAUGAACAGCCUGCAGGAGAAGGUGGAUCUUCUGGCAGUGAAGGUCACGCAGCUCGACUCCACAGUUGAAGAAGUGUCUCUGCAGGACAUCAACAUGAGGAAGGCAUUCAAGAGCUCCACCAUUCAGGACCAGCAGGUAGUCUCCAGAAACUCCAUCCUCAACUCAGUGAUGGAGAUGUAUCAGCGCUGUGACAAGCCUCCUCCUCUCAACAUCCUCACUCCAUACAGAGAUGACAAGAAGGACGGUCUCAAGUUUUAUACAGAUCCCUCGUACUUCUUCAACCUAUGGAAGGAGAAAAUGCUGCAGGCCACAGAGAACAAGAGAAAGGAAAAGAGAAGGCAGAAGCAAGAGCAGAAACACCUUGAAGAUCCGACUCGUGAGGUGAAGAAAGUACGUAAGGCUCGAAACCGGCGGCAGGAGUGGAACAUGAUGGCUUAUGACAAGGAGUUCCGUCCAGACACUCGCCUCACGCCAUCUCCGUACCACGGCAUCUCGUCUGAAGGUUCCUUAUCUCCAGACAGGUCUGGAAUGUCGGAUGAGCACUCGUACCCCACCAGCCCCAACCACCCUCAGGAUGCAGGUGGAGCAGGAGGUGAUAUAAAGGAGACCGGACCCACCCAGACUCAGUCACUGGACCGUGUGUAUCGACCCCCUGCCUCUGCCUCUGCCAGCGCACGUCAGCACUCUUUGGGCCGUGUGCAGCAGCAUCAUGGAGCCCUGCCCCUUGACCCCUCCCUUAAUGGCCCCAGACCUUCUGCUGCCAAAGAUUACAGUGGCCAUCAAAUGCAGGAACAUUUUAUUCCUCCUGCUCCUCCUCCUCCUCCCCCAAUAAUCCCUUCGGCUCAGACAGCCUUCGACAGCACUGCUGUUCCUCCGGCUCUGGCCCCGGGGACGGUGUCGGCUCUCUCUCGUUCCUACAGCCCAUCUCCUCCACCUGCACCACCCUCAGCUUAUGUCUCGUCUCCUUCCCACCCUGUGAGCAGUGGAGGUCCGCCAGUUGCCCCGCCCCCUCCACCUCCAGGCCCCCCCACACAUGCUCCAUCCCCUGCCAGAGCUGCUGCUCAUCCAUCCGGAGAGGGCACGCUGCCCAGGAAGGGCACAGUGCCCCUGAUACCCAUAAGUGACGCUCGCAGCGACCUGCUGGCUGCCAUCCGCAGAGGCAUCCAGCUUCGUAAAGUCCAGGAGCAGAGAGAGCAGGAGGCAAAGAAGGAGCCGGUGGGUAACGAUGUGGCCACCAUUUUGUCUCGCCGCAUCGCUGUAGAGUACAGUGAGUCAGACGAGGACUCGGAGCCGGAGGAGAACGAAUGGUCUGACUGAGGAGAUAAACUGAUCCAUCACAUACUGUACACACUGCUGCUAUUUUCCUGCACCAGAACACACACUUUCCUUAGACAGACAGACAGACAGACAGACAGACCGACCGACCAACCGACCAACCGACCGACAGACAGACAGACAGACAGACAGACCGACCGACCGACCGCCCGACAGACAGACAGAUUUAUUUUUAAUUAUACAUAGCUUGAAAAAAUUGCAAUGUUAAAGCAGGACUGAGUGACAGGAAAAAAGGGAACAUACAAUAGAAAGAAAUUGUGGAAAAGCAGAAAAAAUUUAAGGAUGGAAGGAAUGAGAGUGAGGGAUAGAAUAAGUAGGAAAAAGAAGUUGGUCAUGUUUACAUUGUAUAUAAACACAAAACUCUAUCAUACAGUGUGAACUUCAUUCUACAAUACACUUAUGUAGUAUGUUUGUUCCUUCAACGUUGUUCAAAGUUGCCAAGAAAUUUUUUCGUGGGUUUUUGAUUAGGAUUUUUGAUAUUUGUCCAGAGAAUUAUUAUGAAGGUGUAACCCAAUUCUUUACAGUCUUAACCAAAAACAUCCUUUUAGCAGUGAUACAUUCUGUAUACUGUAUAGAAACACAGGUGUAUGAGCUUUAUAAAAAGAUAAAAAGCAUAAUAUAGCACUGCUUCCACUUCACAUCUCUCCAGAAGUCUCUGCAUAUGUGCGCUUAGUAUAUUAUUAUUAUUAUUAUUAUUAUUAUUAUUAUUAUUAUUAUUAUUAUUAUAACAGUUACUAACAGUGAGAUCCAUGGACAUCCAACACGUUCCACAACUCAGUCAUCAGGUAUUUAAAUGAUCACUUUGUUUAAUUGUUGACAGUGUUGUGGUGAGUAUUGAUGCUAACUUAGUGACUUGUUUAUCUGUUUAAUGGAACUCAUGACCUGUUCUUCUUUCUUUCAGUGAUACUAAUUAUCAAAGAAAGUGUUAAGUAAUGGAGUGUGUAUAGAGAAGACUGAGGAGGUGUGUGUGUGUGUGUGUGUGUGUGUGUGUGUGUGUGUGUGUCUGAGUUGGAAAAGAUUGAGUUAUUAAAGUCUAUAGUGUAUGUUAUUUGAUAUCUGUUCCAAAGUUCCAGAUGUUAGAUGUAUACAUUAAUAGUCCUGCAGCUGGAUUCAGCUCAGCUGAUGCUCUGUUGUGAUCCAUCCUUAUCAGAUGUAAUUUAUAACAACAUUAUUAAUGUGUUUUACACUUUAUUGUAUAGAUUUUUGUAACAAUGCUUGUAAGAUGAAUUUGGGUAUCUAAGUAUAUAAUGUUAUAUUUAUCACAUGAAACAAAUACAGAUCAUAUGCAUG